GUGUCGCAUUUAAACACGUCCCAUGUGUUUCCGUGUGUCAGUAUCUAAAAGCGCCUUAAAUUAAAUGGUAACUUUUGUAAUAAGAUAUGUUAAUGUCAUUUCGGAUUAGAAUUGGACACUUGAUAGUUCGCAUAAAUGUCGGACACCACAGAGGAAUGGAAGGUAGCUCGGCGGCGAAAAGGUGCCCCAAGGAAACUUAAAUCUCAUGCGGUUUCUUCAUCAUCAUCAUCCUUCCACCAGGAGGAGGUUAUAGAUGUCGGUAAACUUACCAAAAGAAUCAGAGACACGGUGUCUGAACUAAGAUGCGAAGAGUUUUGGUUACAGUGGAAAAAGCAGCUGCUCCUGGCAGCAUCAGGACCAGGACCUCCUGAGAGCCUUGACACCAAAGACCAUUUGAAUAAGAACCGUGAAGACUGUCAACAGUUGGAGUGUGUGUGUUAUGGACUGGGAUCCUUCUCGUCCUCUGUCUCAGCUCGGUACCAGCUUGCCAUGUUGUUGCUGCUUCUGGAUGCUGGACAGAUUCCACUUCAGGACUGCUCUGUUUUUGAUCCUGCAUUCUCCUCGUCUGAGAGGGACAUUUUGAAAGAGCUAGGCUUGACUGUACUCACAGAAAACGAGGAGGGGAAGCGUCAGGCCAGUAAGCCCACCCUGUUUUAUUUAAUGCACUGUGGGAAAGCCCUAUACAACAACCUUCUGUGGAAGAACUGGAGUGCACAGUGUUUGACCCAGGUGAUGAUCAUUGGAAAUAGCUUCAACGGCAUAAGGGAGAGGACCAUUGAGAGGGAGCUGAAGCGAGACUACAGGUACAUCAGUGAGGCUGUGGGUUUAUGUGAGGAGAGACCACUGCCCUGUCCUUCUCAUCUGUUAGAUGUCUUCAGUGACACAGCAGUUAUCACUUUUCCCCCCGACAGCCUGAACAGACUCCCAUGGAUUUCUUGGGCUGAGCCACCCGAGCCUGAGUACUCACACUGCUCAGAUUUGGAGAUAAUCCUGAAACAAGCAUCUCUCAUAGAAGCUCCUGAAAAUGACGAUAAAUAACAGUGGACUUUUUUUUAUUUUUAACUCAACAUAAUGUUUGCAUUUGUUUAAAUAAAUUAACUAU